AUGGAUCAAAUAACACAAAAUCUAAUGUUGCGAAUUAGUGACGAAACGACGUUGCAGUUAAUCGACCUAUAUGAAAAAGAGGAAUGCCUCUGGAACACCACUUUAGAAGAAUUCAGAAAUAACGAGAAAAGAAAAGAAGCGAACGAGAGAAUAGCCAGAGCUCUCAAUAUAGAACACUUUACCCAUCGUCAUGUUGCCCUAAAGUUGAGAAAUCUUCGGAACACCUACAGCCAGGUUUUGAAGAGGAUAGCGAAAAGCAUCAACCGUGGAGAAGACCCUAUUUACCGUCCGAAAGUUUACUGGUUUUCUAAAUUGGAUGGAUUUUUGCGUCACCACUUGCUAGCGACCUCGGGCUCAAUACCGCAAUUCAACCCUGAGGCUUUAUCAGCACUACAGGAGGAAAAUAAGUCUCCUCAGAAAAUAAAAGAAAAAGAUGAGAACAGUUUAAGUUUCGACGAACACAAUGUUGAGUAUGGACCUCCAGUGAAGCGUUCGAAGAACGAAUCACCAAUAUACAGGAAGUCAGCACUUGAUGAUAACAUUGACACUUAUAACUCUAACCAUUUGGAAGUCUCGCAGCCUUUGGGUUUGACGCUUAAUGAGGACGAUCCCUUCAACAGUUAUGACAACAGACCAGACGUGUCAAAGAACUCAAAAUAUCUUGAGGAUAUUGUCAAAUGUUUGUCAAAUUUGACAAAAAACAACACGCAGCGUGAUGAUUGCUUUGACAGCUUCGGCAAGUAUGUAGCGGCCAUGUUGAGAAGUAUGUCAAAACGGCGGGCUUUGGAAGUGCAGCCAGAAAUAGUUAAGUUACUGGUUUCCGGUAACAUGGACAGCGGGGAGGGUCAAGUCAAUCAGUCAGACCAGUUAGACAAUUAGUGGAAUAAAGCUGUGACUAAUUUCUUUCCAUUUGUAAUAUUAAAUUUAAUUUAUUUGUAA